ACAUUUGGCUUCAGUGAACAUUUUCUUAAUGUGAUAUUUUGAUACAUUAUCUGAAGCCAUUCACUGCCUGUCACCACCUCUCCUGUGGAGCCGAGCCGAGCCAGGCCGAGCCAGAGGAGAGACAUUCGCAUUGUGUCCAGGAGCCUGUUGGUGCUGGAUACGUUUUCACCCUCCCCUGCUGCCGGCUGUAAAUCGCCUCUGUCAAAGUGUAUGUCUUUAUGUGAGGAGGCUGGAUGAAUACGUUGUUUGUGUCCAAACACACAGACACAGGAACCUUUACUGUUUUUCAUUUCAAUGAAAAUCCACAGAGCGACUCGUACAGAAAACACUGGAUGGUGUAUGAUUUCUUUUUAACAAUGUGGAGGAGCUCCCACUACAUUCACUCCGCUUACAACACAGAUGUCCCCAUUAAGAGAAGACUGCUGAGACUGUGGGGGAUGGAGCGUCCCUAUGAAAAAACCCUCCUACAACCAGUCUCCCUACAACUCCCUGACUAAGAGCUCAAAGACAACGGAGGUGAAAGAGCUGAAUAUAAAAGACAUAACAGGAUAAUAAAAAAGGACAAAUUUUUGGACACACCUGUGGGAUUGGAGCCUCGGGGUUGUCUCCAUCAUGUCGCUCUCCGUGGGCCCCCCCUCCGGCCUGCUUCUUGUCCUGAUGUGCUGCCCCCUGCUGGGCCUCGUGCAGUCCGCAAGCAGCAACAAGGCGAGCGAUAACGCACACCCGCACCUUGGAGACUCAGACCCAGAGCGCUGCAUGAGGCACCACUUUGUGGAGACCAUCACACACCCCAUUUAUAAAUGCAACUCUAAGAUGGUGCUUCUGGCUCGCUGUGAGGGUCACUGCAGCCACACCACCCGCUCUGACCCCCUCAUCUCCUUCAGCUCGGUGCUCAAACAGCCCUUCAAGAGCACCUGCUCCUGCUGCCGGCCGCACACCUCCAAGCUGAAGGCGGUGAGGCUUCGCUGCGCCGGCGGAACCCGCAUCACCGCCACAUACAGAUACAUCCUCGCCUGCAACUGUGAGGAGUGCAGCUGAGCGGGAUGCAGCAACCCCCUCCUCCAAGACACUCCAAAGAACCAAGAUCCUGUUGGCCCCGAGCCGGACUCUAACGCUUUCCAGAGGUUUGAAUAUUGGAUCAGAAAACUCAACAUGCUUGUUGUUUUCUUGGAGUGACAGUUUGGAGCGCUCGUUCCUCUCUCUCUCACACUCAAACAGAACACGAUCCCCUCUUACUUUUUGUGCUUUCAAUCAGGACGAAGCCUUCUCUCCAGGCCAGACACCGCAACCUGCUGCUCCCGGGGGGGGGGGGGGGCCUUCUCACAGUGGAGACGCUCAUUACAGGCCUCAGUAAUUCAUUGCACACAUGCUCCCAAACCACAGUACCAGAGGUUGUUACUGUGAGCGCUUUCUGCCUGCAGCUCCAUAAAAACACCCGCUGAGUAUAUGACUACCAAACAACACGGCUCGUUUAAAAAGCUGGGACGAGGCUGGGCGAGGACAACACAUGUGGAGGAUCUGCAGAGAAACACCUGUGCCGCGUUUACUUACCCAAUAACGUUUUACACGCUCCCUGCAGACUUAUCGGGACGUGUAAAAAAAGUGAGCGAGGCCAACGGGAGAGCUCGUUGGGUGGACGAUAAACGAGACGAGGCGGACGCCGUAAACGGAGCUCAGAGGACGAAAAGGAGGACGGGGUUAAGGACUGACGGAGUGUGGAGGCGAUCAGUGUUCAUGUUCAGUGUAAUCUUCUUUAUUGAAACCGUAGCUUCUAUCGCUUCUGCCUGUCGUGAUGACGUGUUUGAUGUUGUGACAAUUUUGUCCAAACUGUUCUGUGAAGCUCCGCCUUCAUUUGUAACUCCUGCAAACAGCUUCCUCACACUGCACCGUCAUAAACACAGGAUAUAACUCAUUCAGACUGUGUGUGUGUGUGUGUGUGUCAGGUCGUAGAACGGUUUAUCUGAAAUAAAAAACAAGCUACUCAGUCCCAGUCUACCAAUUAAGGGUCUUCCUGUCCAGGGGCGUGUCCAGAUUUUUUAACUGGGGUGGCCCACUUGGGUGGCCUGACGUUUGUGGGCACAUGCAACUGAAUUCAUUAUUUUUUUACCCCUUCUAUACCCACAAAUUAUAUGUACUUGUAAGAAACACAAUUUGGCAACAUAUAAAUCUUCUUAGCUCGAUUCUUUAGGGACUAAACAACAAAGAUGAGUGUGCAAAGUCACAGUUUUAAGUACCGUAAAAUCCGGAAUAUAAGUCGCACCGGUAAAAAAGACGCACCCUGUUUUGAAGGUCUCUUAGAGAGAAAUAAAAAGUUUAAACUGUUUUCCUGCAUCACGAUUUAUAUUGUGUUCAGCGA